UCUGUGUUUAAGGAGACGAAGUACUUGAAGGGUAGUUACGUCCUUCUUAGUGGGUUUUGUGAUUUAAAAGAAAGAGAUAAUUUGGUUGGAAUGCUUGGAGUUGGAGAGUGGCAAAAGACAACUUUGUGGUGACUUGAUUUGCAAAUCCUAAAAAGAGCAAUCUUUGGAGUGGCAAACUCAGGAAAAGUUUAUGAUUUUCCACUACUAAGGAAUCGGUUUGACGAUUUGUCACUUGGCGGCGGCGGUCCAAAGUUAGGGCUCACCCCGAGACCACCGAGCGGCGGCGCAGUCCGGAGGGCGAUUUCCUGCGGCGGUGGAGACGGCCGCUGUGGCGUCUGGGAGAGGCGUCAGGGAGGACCCAGGGGCGCUGCGUGCUCGAGCCAGCUUGAAAGAUAAGUAGAGUUGUAUCCUGCAAUGUCAGCACCCGGCAGAGAUAGCAGCAUGCAGCAGCUAGUCCCUAUAGCACCACCAGGAAAGGCUUCGGGUAGUGACAGUGGGAAGGAGCUGGUUGUGGUAGAUGCGGUGGGAAAGAGCUCAGGAGGAGUAAAGCUGCGAGAGGAUGAGGAGGACCUGGAGGUGAAGCUCAGGCGCAUCAUGGAGAAUGUCCCCGUUCGUGUCAGUAACACCUCUGGAUCCUCUGCUGGAUCUGGCUCUGGUGAUUUCCACCAGUAUCGGCAAAUGAGGAGGAGAGAACAGGACCGGCUAGCACGAAUGGAUGCUGACUACCAAAAGAGGAAAGAGAUGGCUGAGUUUGAACUGCGGAGGGAGGAAAGGCUUAAAGCAGCUGAGGAGCGGACGGCCAAGAAGCGCCUGAAACGCCAAAAGAAGAAGCAACGGAAGAAAGAGAAGCAAACCAAAACUAGUGAUGGUGGUGAAGAACCUAACAGAGCGGAAUCAUCCGAUGACAAGGAGGGUUCAGAUGACGAUGACGAUGACGAGUCUAGGCAAUAAUACAUCAACUGCAUUAAUAUAGACUCCAGGCCACUAUUCAUUGGACAUAGCAGUAAUAUAACUUCUUGAUGAAGGAACCCUGUGAGUUCCUCCCCUGUUGGCUGUGGGCAAUGAACUAACAACGUCUGGGAGGCCCGUCGUAGGCCCUCUGUUCCCUUGAAGCAUUUUAUGGUAUCUGUAAGAGGAGAUAACAUUUUGAGCAGGGAUGGAGAGCGCUAGUUUUCUGUAACUUUGUGUUCCUCAUUCUGACAAUUGCCUUGCAUCAGUACCUUCUGGUCAGCUCAAUGCUUCUGGCAUGUAUUCGUAUCAGUUGCAUUUUUUCUUGGUCCAUGUACUUCAAGAGAGCUGGAUCAUUCAAUUUCUUGGAAGCUAGUUAGCAUUUCUUGUUUA